CUCUGCAACGCUUCAUUUCUACAUUAUCUCAGCUGGCGAGUAUAAAAACAAAAGACAAGAUCUUGGUCAGAAUGACCUCAGCAUUCACAACCCACGACCCACGGUUCUCAGCCCUCCUCGGUAGCAAUCCCACUCUCACGCUCCUGCUCUCUCGCAAACCGCACCCCUUCGCCCAUGAAGCAGGCGUAUUUUUCCCAGACAACAACACCCUCUUCAUCACAAGCAAUAUUUACCACGAGCCUCUACAGAACAACAAACGCUGCGUGCAAAUCAAUAAGAUCACUUUCGAGUCCGACGGCACAAAUCCAACAUGGGAGGAGGUCCCCUCACAUGACAUACCCAUGGCGAACGGCGGUGUCAACUACAAAGACGGCAUCCUCUUCUGUUCACAGGGCUCAUUUAUAGUUCCAAGUGGGCUGUACCAUAUGUCUCGUCACGAACCAUACUCCGUGACACCUAUCGUGACUUCCUUUUAUGGCCGACCUUUCAAUUCUGUGAAUGAUGUUGUGGUACAUCCUACAGAUGGCAGUAUCUGGUUUACGGAUCCCACAUAUGGAUAUAUGCAGGGUUUUAAAGCGAAACCAGAGUUGCCAAAUCAGGUAUAUAGAUUUGAUCCUGAAACAAAAGCGAUCAGAGCGAUGGCGGAUGGGUUUGGGAUGCCGAAUGGGAUUUGUUUUGGGCCUGGCGAGAAACCAGAUGUGGUAUAUGUGACGGAUACGGAGAAGGUGAAGGGGAAUGGAGAGAUUGAUACUGCCGGGAGAGCAAGCAUCUACGCGUUCGACAUCACAUACUACUCAGGUCAACCCUUCUUGACUAACAGACGGCUCUUCGCCCAUGCAGUUGAGGGAAUUCCGGAUGGGAUCAAGUGUGAUAUGGAAGGAAAUGUUUAUAGUGGAUGUGGAGAUGGCGUCGAAGUAUGGUGUCCAGGAGGCGUGCUCUUGGGCAUUAUCAAAGUCGCUGGUGGAGCGGCAAACUUCUGUUUUGGCAAAGAAGGUGCCAUGUAUAUUUUAAAUGAGACGAGACUUUGGAAGGCGCAACUAUCGAAGGACGUCAGGGGAGCUUUACUAGGACUCUAAAUUACAA